AUGGCAGAACCUGUAGGUCUAGCCUCUGGCCUACUGGCUUUAGCAACUUUUGCAUUCAAGGCUAGCCAAUCGCUUUACGAGACAGUCAAUAGCUUCCGGUCUCACCCAAUACGCGUACGCGACCUGAUUGAGGAGCUGGAGGCUUUGAGCGGAGUUCUCGCCCCGCUCCAGGAGCUGUUAGAUACUACAACUGAUGAGAACCUAUCUGUACUUGAACUACCGCUACGACGCUGCGGCAAUGCGUGCAGCGACUUCCGAGACUGGGCUAAGUUGAAGUAUCUGGGGAAUGAUAUUGAUGGCUUCAGACGAAUGCUGUCCGGGUACAAACAAACCAUCCAUAUUAUCCUUACCGGUGCGAAUCUCCGCAAAAGCCCCAUCAAUGCCGAGGCCAUUGAAGGCUACAAAGAUCUCAUAGAGACAGCCAAGGCUGAUCUUGAGGACCACCUGGAAACCAUGGACGAUAAGCUGCAGCUUAUUAUUAGACAAACCGUGACCACAGAGAACUCAAAUACCUUGGAGCUGCAGCGAAUUAAGGAAAAGUACAUGAGUACAGAGAAAUAUCUUCAAAUAUAUACCCAGUUUUUCGACUAUAUUAAUCAAAUCCAGCUCUCAACCAGGAGCAGUAACAGCUCCUCAGAACUAUCGGAUUCAGAUAAUUACCCAGAGCGAGUCACUGAUAAGAGCUUACAGGACUGUAAAAAUAACCUGGCCGACACAAUCACUCAAUUGGAAAAGCAUAUGCAAGACCUUACGGACCAGUUACUGGUGAAGUCGAAAGCAGCUAUUACGUCUGAGCAAGACAUCUUGGAACUUAACGGGCUGCAGGAUGACUGGCAAAUCGCCCACCAGCGCAUGGAAAUCUGCCACAAGGCAUCUGAGCUGAGGGACAACUCCCGCACAGGUACAUUCAAGAAUUGCACCUCUGCUGACCUCUCACCCCCGGUGGCGGUGUCAACACUUGAGCGUCUAAUACUAGCAAAUAAAGAUUUUACCAAACCUAGCUCAAGGGGAUUGCUCGAAGGACAAAUAUCUGAUGAGUCGCUUCAGGUGUUGAGGGAACGCAUGGGAACAGCUGUUUUAAACGAAGAACAGCUGAAAGCACGGAAACGAUCGCUGGAGCUAGAGCACAUAGGCAUGGAGGACUUGACAAACACGUAUGUGGGCCGCGGACGAUUGAAAGAGGCAAAAGAACUGGCAGACAAAUCUGGUACAGAUAUAACCAAGGAAGCCACUUUUGCUCUUGAUGAGGAUAAUGAUCCCUCUAGCACAACUAGCAUAACUGGCCCAGCGUCUACAUACAUGGACGGUGAUCGACUGGAUGAAACAGAACAGCUGAUUAUACAAAAGAUGGAUGGUCGUCAACGUGUGCUAGGGUCGCAAGCUUCGAGGUCUGAUGCAUCGUCAAUGCCUCAAAGCCAAGAAGUAUUAACUCAACCAGAAGAAUCUAGUUUCGCUGCUACAACUCUACUAGACAUACAAGAACAACAAAUGCUUGAACUCAAGCCGUCGACUUCAUUGUAUCGAGCAACUUUAGAUACUUUCGAAGAUGAAGACUGUAUCUCUGUUGUAUCUGAUGAAAAUGAUAUCGCCUCUAAGACUGCGACGAAAAGAACAAGGCCGGAAGUCCUCGCUGUCAGGCACAUUGCGUCGUUCUUACACGAGUUGGAAGAGUUGCGCCCACUGCAUGAACAAGCCCUGAAGAAGCUCGGACCGAACCGUUUCCAAGAAAAUUAUCGACGAAUUCUCAAAUUCUAUGUUCUGAAGUUGCGCAAUGAAGCCCAGACCACCUUUCAAAUUGAUAUCUUUCGGGUCUUGAAGUCUCGAUUGAACCGUAUUAACGUGGCGUGGCAGAUCAUAGAUCUUAUUCAGGAUGACAAAGACGAUAAUACUAAACCGUUGGAUAGGAUAACUUCACAACCGGUCGAAAAGCAGUCACUUGAGGACUGGAUAAGAAAUACACAUGGGCUACCUGUAGUAGAUACUGCGGUUGUCCCCAAGUUUGGAAGUCACGAACAAUUCAGCGACGAAAGUGACAGCGAAGAUGCUGAAGACGAGUAUCACGCCGAGGAGUUACUGUUUCCUAACAUCACACAUGCCAACAAGUUCUUAUACAGCGUCAUCCCAUUCCAGGCACUACUUCUCGAACUAAGGCUACUGGUCUUACCGGCGUCAUUAAGAGAGGUGGUGGAGUCAACCCCGAAACAUUUAAUUCAUAUUUCGGCCGUGAAUGACACAUCUUUAAUGAAUAUGGCGAAAGCAUUUAUUGAAGAUCACACCGCCUUCGAGUGGGAUUGGUGGCCUCUGAUGCCUCGAGUGCCUGAGUUAUCGCCUGGUAGAAUGCGUCUUCAGUGGAGUUUUUGCGGACACACACUUCAUAGAGAGAUAUCGCCCGAAGAUGCUGUUUCCAUACAGCAGGUCUUAGAGUUAGUUGAGGACCACCCACCAAAAUGCUUUUGUUGUGAGACAAAACUACUGGCAACAAAAGCACGUCGUGCGAAUUGGGCCGAAUUUCUUCGGUGCAUAGGCCAAGCAAUCACCGAAAUGCUGAGCUGGAAAGCCCCAAGUAACUCGUUAGGCUGGCAAACGUCGCAAUCAACAGCCCAUCAACGCUAUACUCCAGGAGUUACAGCAACAUCUAGUGCAUCUUCAGAAACUGCACAUGGUUCAACGGCCGCAAGUCCACCACAUUAUUCUGCAGGCAGCAGUGCUAUAUCCGUGGAACCACAAGCUGGAAACGCGAAAGCUAUUUCCGUCAGUCGAUAUGGCAACCCUUCAUGGGUAGUUUUUGGCAUCAAAGAUAUGGAUGAAUACGAUGAGAUUGAAAAUAUAGAAUCAUCAAACCUGCUGAACGACCCAUCAUUCUUCAAAGAAUUGAAAAAGAGACACGCCAAGCACCGCUGGUUCUUCCAACGCUGUUUGAGUCAAUCAAUUUUGACCAGGUUUACAGCGUCGGGGAAGCUCUACCUGAUGAACAUGGCUACACCAGUGACUAUGAGUACCGUCCUAGACCCCCAAGGGCGGAAAACCCGCUUAUUGACCGGAGGCGGUUCUCUAUCUGUCUUCAAGCAUGUGAUGAUGAUUGCUAUUUAG